AUGAAGACUACUGUCCAAGUACUGGCAUUUGCUUCGAUGCUUUCUGUAGCUCUUUCAGAGUGCAACUUCGAACUAUGCUCGUUUGGAUCAGUCGGAAAAUUUGACGACAAAGAGUGCAAGGGCAGGAUUCACAGAGUGGGCAAAAAUCCACGUGGACAGCCUGGAGUAGAGCAAGGCAACCCAGGCGACGCUCAUUGGGACUGGGAAGUCGAGACAACUUACUACAAGAUCAACAUCUGGGAUAGCGGCUUAGUUACGUACGAUUUUGGAGAAGGCAAUGCCUGUGUUAUGCAAAUAGCUAAAGGGAACGAUAAGUACGACGUCCUACUUCCAUCUAUAAAGGCCCACAACCCCAACUGGAAUGGACCUGGAUGCUGCCUGGACGCGAGCCUUAUUUAUGGUAUUACGGAUGUUUUUGUAUGGAAUUGA